AGCCAUAUUUGGCUCUUGCAAAAUUGAAUGGCUUUGUGUUUAGGUUGAUUUGACAAAAAUACAUUUCCUGCAGCGAGGAGUAAACUGGACUAAAAGGACUCUCUUUCUCUAUCGCUCUCACUGGCUCACUCUUUCUCUCUCUUUCUCGCUCGAAUUUUCUCUGGUUCUGUCUAGCUCUGACUCUUUUCCUCUCUCAUGGUGGCUGUCUUUCUCGCUCACUAGCUCGCUAUCUGUUUAUUUGGCUCGCACUAUCUUUCUCACUGGCUCGCUAUUGUGCUCUCUCCCAGCAUCUCAAGCUCUGUGACAGGUUCUUAUAUAUCACUAAAUACGAUAUCUUGCUACGGUUGGAAACAUUUUCAUCUUAACUCACAGAGAUGUUUGCUGUUUGGCCAUCGGUUGAGAUUUUCUUUUCUCUGCCAUUUUGGCUUGCAAGGGCUUGUUUGCUUUCCUUUGGUUGCUGGGGAAAAGUGAGCAGGAGCAUCUACAGGGCUCCUCAAGAGUACUUGGGCCCAUUAGUCAAUUGGGCUAGGGUUCUAGUUCCUUUAAAUAUUAGUUACUUCUUUGGUUUUCCUAUUCUAACUAGGAUUUGGUUUAAUUUCCUCUUUUGGUUUUUAAUUUCCUAUGUCAAUUAGGUUUUCUGCACUCUAGUAUAAAUAGGCUAUUAAGAGACUCUAGUAUUCAGUUUUGUUGAUGAAUAUAAUUUCCGACUUUUAGUCUAUAGAGUUUCUAUUGGGUUUUCUGCACUCUAGUAUAAAUAGGCUAUGAAGAGAUUCUUGUAUUCAGUUUUGUUGAUGAAUAUGAUUUCAAACUUUUAGUCUAUAGAGUUUCUAUUUGGAUUUUUGCCCUAGAACUCAAUUAUCUUCAUUCCAACUUCUAUUCUAUUGCUCUAUCCUUCAAUUCUCCGUAUUUUGGCUAUGUUUGGGAAUCUGGACAGUAGCUUAUAGCCGCUGCCCUGCAUAAAAAAUGUUAGGAAACACAAAUUGUUACGUUUACUUAAGUUUUCUUGUUACGGUUGUGUAAAUUUUUAUUCUUUCAUAUAUGUUUCUAUUUGACUGCUAUUUAAAUCCUAUGAAUGCUCGGGUAGACGGAUUCUAGUUUCAUGGGAUAAUAUGGAUAUGUUACCAUUUCCCACAAUUAAACCAUUGUAAGACCAAGUUCAAAAAAUAGCAUGGAUUAGGGGAUAGGAGGAUUAUUGUAGUAAUUUACAGCAUUUUCAAAUGGACAGCAUUUCAAAAACGCUAUGAAAGGAAACAUAGCAUGUUAUAAGUGCUAUUUGUUAUAUAUAUAUAAUAGUGUUUAAGAAACAAAAGAGUCUUUUAUAGCAUGUCGAAAACGAUAUGGAAACUCUUGCGCUAUUAUAGCGUCGGCUGUUGGAGCUUUUUUGAAAACGCUAUUAUAUCCUAUUGUAGCGUUUUUGACGUGCUAUCGAUGAGGAUAUGUGGUGUAGUGUCUUUUUGAAAAACUGCCCGAAGUAUUUGCUAAUUUAACAUUUAAGUGGAGUUCUAAAUGUGACGUGAAUAUUCUACUAAAAUGGUUGGACUUUUAAGCACUUGAAAGAAGUUUACAGAUUGGGUUAAUUAGUUGGUAGUUAAGUGGACAAUCAUUGUGCAUGGUCAGUUGGUCAAGCACCAUUUACCUUUCAAGAGGGCAUAUUUUUUCUUCCUUAUAUCCAUCAUCAUGUGUCUACCCGUAGCAAUUAUCGACCAACUGAACUCCUAGGAUUUUUAGUUCUUAUUUGUUUUGACUCUUGAGUUAAUGCUGUGAAAAAAAUUUGCUGAAAGAAUAAAGUUAUGGAAUCUUGGUAAUACCCAAAACUAAAUGAAAGGGUAAGCAGUAGUUUUACUACAAUUAGUUAUGAAACAGGACAGUCAUACAUUGAUUUGCAUUAUUGCCUUUAGUGAUGAUUUUGCAUUCAACAGGGUGCAAGUUUGGCUCUCCACUGAUGGCGUGCUCUGUACAACGCUUCUCCAGCCAUGCUCGGUUUUCUCGAGUAAGUAUUGUCCCAGGGUCCAAACCUUUCCUGACGGACACGUUUUCCGAGGUCAAACAAGGUGAGGUCAGGAGGGUACCUGGCAUUUCAGAAGAACAACUUCACAGUAAGCUUGUUAUAGGCUUACCUGCCAGAACUGCAACUCAACAAGGACCAGGGGGUCUAUCAAGAUUUGCCACCUUCAGUCUUUCUCGUGCCCUUAGCACCGCAACUUCAGCAAAUGAGACUCGGACCCAGAAGCUCGAGCGCAUUGCAGACGAGCUCCUCGACCUUACAAAGAUCGAGAGGCACGACUACUCCAUCCUCUUCAGGCUGAAAAUGGGCCUCAAUCGGUACGGCCCUGCAGUCUCGGGGAUUGGCUCAGCAUCUUUGGAAUCUGGGCCUGCCUCCACAGACUCCAAAGUUGUUGAGAAGACUGCAUUUGAUAUAAAGAUUGAGAAGUUCGACGCAGCGGCAAAGAUCAAAAUCAUAAAGGAGGUUAGGACUUUCACUGACCUGGGACUGAAGGAGGCUAAAGAAUUGGUGGAGAAGGCCCCUGUUGUGGUGAAGAAAGGUGUGACCAAAGAGGAGGCGGGGCCUAUUGUUGACAAGCUUAAGGAAUUGGGUGCUACUGUGGUAUUGGAAUGAAAUGAAUCGUGUUAUUUUGUUUAUUUUUCCCCUUUUCACAUAGGAUAAGUGAUCGUUGAGUUAAAUGAUAAAUGGAGAUAGUUUCUUCAUAGUUUGUUGAAAUGGAACUCAUUUCUUUAAUGGAGGAGAGAGAAUGUAGGUUUUGUUGAUUAUCUCAUCAAAUUGUGUCACCAUUUGGGGUAA